AUGAGGAGCAGGCAGGAACGAAAAAACCACAAUAGGGGACGAGAAUCCCAAGUCACGCGCAUCAAAGGAGAGAGGUUUUUAGGGGUGAGGGUGGACAUGGAUGCCAAAGCUCUAGCGAAACCUCCAGCCUUCUUCAAAUAUGGAGAAAUCAUAUUCGGGUUGCUGGCGCUUUCACUCUUCCGGGCUGCCUACUCACAAGUCAACCUACAAGUGUUUUCCGACUACGGUCGAGCUUCAUCUAUAGAAGAGGAGAUUAACAAGACUUUGGUAAUCCACGGGACCUUGGUUGGGCUGUUCCUCUCCACCCUCGUCUUCCCUUUCGCCCUCCUCUUUGGCCACAAGACCGGCUCUAUGGAGAUCAUCCACGGAGGAGUCAGCGCCCUGUUCUACCUUGCCACGGGCGGUCUGCUCCUCAAGGAAAUUACUCAAGGCAACGCUGAGUUCGGGGAGAAGUUCGAUAAGAUGAUGAUCGCCUCGGGAGCCUUCUGCAUCAUCCUCGCUCUCGUAUUCAUCGCGGACGUCGUCUUCGUCGCCCUCAAGUGGCGCAGGGCCAGCGAUUGAGGAUUCCUCUCAGGACACUCGAG